AUGGCGAGCAGCGACUCCGUUUCUCACCUGCGGGGGAGCAGCGUAAGCGUUCCUUGCGCUGUCUGCAACUCGACAUCUGCCGGCAGAGGUUCUCCCCCAGAACCUUUGCCCUCCAGCUUUCAAGAGAUUCAGCACUUCUCGGUGCUCCACUGCUGCAUUCGCGAGAUUCGCUGCAUGCGAACCCGCAUGCGCGUCUUCGUGUGCAACAUUCCAUCCCCAACUUGCACGCUACACGUAUCCUUCAAAACAGAAACACACACGGAAGAAGGUCUUCCGCACACGCUCGAGCAUCUCGUCUUCUUAGGCAGCAAAAACUACCCGUACAAAGGUUUUCUUGAUUUGGCAGCUGCGCGGUGUCUUUCCCAGGGAACUAAUGCAUGGACUGCUACAGAUCACACAACUUACACUCUGAAUACUGCCGGAUAUAAGGGCCUGGAAACGCUUCUGCCGAUCUAUUUGGAGCAUCUUCUCCUUCCGACUCUAGAUGAUGAUGCAUUCUUCACGGAAGUUCAUCACUUCAAGCCUGACGGACGCAGCGCAGGAGUUGUCUACAGCGAGAUGGAAGCUUGCGAGCGAACCGCCAACAGUGUGGCGAAUAGCGCACUGCUGUCGCUCUUGUAUCCAGGAGACAGUGGCUAUACUUUCGAGACUGGAGGUCGAAUGCAGUGGCUUCGCACAACAACCAAUGCGCGUGUGAAGGCUUAUCACAAGGCAUUUUAUCGAUGGGAGAACAUGGCGUUGAUGGCAACUGGAACGGUGCCUGUUACGAGACUUCUGAAGACUCUCGAGGCAGCGACAGACAAAAUUUUCGCGUCGUGUGUCGCGCGAGAAGAAACGGCUGCUCCAGACUGCCCUCCUGCAAACGUUGCAUCCGGAGCAGCAGCGAACACAGCAGCAGCAGGAAAUGUUGCAACGCCAUCUACAACAUCUACAUCUGCAACUGCGUCUGACGCGGCAGCUAGUGGAUGGCGAGCGGAGCUUUUGGCUGCCUUGGCGAAGCCGCUGACGUACGGAGCAGCUCCGUGGACGUCUCCUGUAAAUGUGGCGCCUCUGCAUGCGAGUUGCAGAACUAAAGUGUGCUUUCCAGCAGACGCGAGCGACACAGGGCGUGUGGUAGUCGGCUGGAGAGGUGCUCCCUGGAAGUGUUUCGAGGAGCGAGCAGCUUUAGACGUUCUCGGCUAUUAUUUGACGGAUACGAAUGCUGCAAUCCUCGAGCGGGAGAUGGUGGAAUGUCGAAACGCUCUCUGCUCGGCAGUGGAGUUUGGGUCGGAAUCCUUCCAGUCUACGUGCCUGUACAUCGAGGCUUCCGAUGUGACGCUACUUCAGCGCGGAGCGUCGUCGAUGCGGAAAGAGAGGCUUGCGGAGGAGCCUGGAGAGCUUCGACCUUGCUGCGUGUUGGCGCCAGAAAGCAGCGGCAAGAGCGACGCGGAGGGGGCAGGAGACGUGGAAGAAGAGCAGCUGCAACAGCAGCAGGGAUGGAUGGUGGCGAACAAGAUGCUCUCUUUGAUUGCUGCAGAAACGAAGGGAGCUAUCGAUCUCAAGCGCAUUAAGGGUAUCAUUGAGCGCGAGCUGCUGCAGUUCACCUUCAGCCUGGAAACAAGUCCUCAUGCCACGCUGGUGGACGUGAUGAACGAGUAUUUCUUGUAUGGAUCUGCUCCGGAGGCGUUGCAGCAAGCGUUUGAUCAGGGGGCAAUAGCUGCCGCUCUCUUGGCAAAGCCGCCUUCCUUUUGGCGAGAUUUGUUGCAGGAGUAUCUCGUGAAUGCGGCUGCAGCUACAGUGUCUUGCUGGCCAUCUCGCAGCCUUGCCGAGCGGCAAGCUGCUGCAGACGCUGCUGUAGCGGCAGCAGUUGUGCAGCAGGCAGGCAGCGAGCAGCUGCAGCAGCUUGCUGCGUAUCUGGACGGAGUGAAGCAGAGGCAAAAGCAGCUGCCGCCUCAAGCGUUGCUCGACACGGUCCCCUUUGCAUCUGUAGAGGGAGUGUCUCUCUUCAGCGCGAACGUGCAGACAACGUUUCCUCUGGAAGGCGCUGCUCCCAUGGCAACAGGAGCAGCAGCAGCAGCAGCUGUGGAGACGAACAGCAGCUGCAGCGGCGGCGCCUGCAGCACUUGCAGCCUUUUGCUGCAGUUGAACAGCGUUCCUUCGGAGUUUGUGUCUGUGCGUCUGUUUGUAAGGACGCCUCUCCACUGGGGAGACGAAGAGAAGCAGCAGCUGCAGCUGCUGCUGCAGCUGCUGCCGGAGUCAGACAUCCAAGUGACGCGUCAAGAGGCAGAGAUGCUCGACCUCGAUUCGGAGACAAUUGCUGCGGGUGUGACGCUUGCGGCUGCAUCGGCAGCUCCUGCAGCCGCUGCUCUUGCUGCUGAUGCUGAUGCCUCCGUGCGUCUGCAGCACAAAGUGUUUACAGGCUUGUUGCUUCGAUACAUCACGGCUUACAGCAUAGGACUGGGCAGUAGCGGCAGCAGCAGCGUGGGUUCUCCCCCCUCCGCCCUGUACGAUCUCGUGACGAUGCAUCUUGUGUGUCAAGUGGCUUUCUUGAAGCAGCUUGCGAUUUUGUUGGGUGCCUUGGUGCGGGGAGUCUGUCUCGAGGAUGCUCGCGUGUUGAUCCAGCUCAAGCGGCAGAAGAAGCAGCUGGCGAGGAGGAAGCGAAAUCCUCAAUACCUUUUGCAGCAGCUCGAACGAGCGCUGUGGUUCUCGCGCCGCUGCACCCUGAAUGCAUGCGGAUUUGGCUGCAGCAGUCGCAGCACUGCCGUGGCGAUUCGCAAAGCUGCCGCAUCGAACGGGCGGGAGAGAGGGGGGGCAAAUGCCACGCUUUUCAGCGAAAGCCUCACGCGCGUCUACAAGGCGCUUUUCCAGCCUGCUCGGAUGCUGCUACACGUUGCAGCCGAAGCAGACAAGCUGCAGGAGGACUGGCAAGAAGUUUUGACCAGUGCACGCUCGACAAGGCAAGCAGGAGCAAGACUACACCUAGAUCAACAGCAACAAGAGCAGCAGCAGCAGAAGACGCAAACGCAGAGGCAGCAGCAAGCACAAGCAACAACAAGAGCAGCAACAAGAGCAGCAGCAGCAGAAGACGCAAACGCAGAAGCAGCAGCAGAAGCACAAGCAACAACAAGAGCAGCAACAAGAGCAGCAACAAGAGCAGCAGCAGCAGGAGACGCAAACGCAGCAGCAGAUCCAGAGACAGCCCGUGUCGUUGUAGGAAUCGGCAGCAGUGCGUCUGCGCAUUUGCAUGCGACUGUCGAAGCUCCAGAAGGCUUUGAGCAUGAAGAAUUUCCUGCCCUUCUCGUGCUCUGCGAAUGUUGCUCAAUGAUGGAAGGGUUGUUGUUUAGAGUAAUUCGAGGGGGAGGCUUCUCCUAUGGCUGCGACUUGUGUUACUCCCCCGACGCUGGACUGCUCACGCUGAAGAUCUCUCCAGCCACAGAUCCUGUUUCAGCCCUAUCGGCUUCCCUCUGUGCGUUUCGACCCAUCGCUUCGGGGGAAGCUGAAUUUCCCGAUUCUGAACUUCGUGCAGCAAAGUGCUCUCUUCUCUGCUCAAUCAUAGGGUAUGCAUGCAGGAAAGACUGUCAGGGUGCAAGUUGCUGGCUGGAAGGAGGGGAAGAAGCCGUGUUCGCGAUAAAGGAGGAGACGCCUCAGGAUGUCGCUUUCCAGAACGUCUUGGCCGUCCUUAGAGGCAUGCCGCUCAACAGCAAUAAGGAGCUGCUCGCGAAGGUAGAGGCUGUCACCUCGGCAGAAGUACACUGCGUCGCACGGAAGUAUUUGAGCAGAUUUAUUACGGCUUUUGCGGGGACUAAUUCAGCAUCAGCGAAGGAAGCUGCCUGUAGUACCCUCUGCGUCAUCACCAACACGGAGAAGGCGCUGUGCAAGUUUCUAAGCGCCGACGCCAAUGUCUCGCUCCCAACAAAUGAAGUGACUUCAGAUGACGAAGAAGAGGAAGACGAAGAAGAGGAAGACGAGGAAGAAGAAGACGCUUCAGACGAAGAAGACGCUUCAGACGAUGAAGACGCUUCAGACGAUGAAGAAGAGGAAACUUCAGAUGAAGAGGAGGAGAGCAACGACUCAGGACCAGACGACACCAUGGAAGCGCAGCAUUAA